UGUGAGAUCUCAAGAUGCUAGUGCGGGUGUGUGCUAGUGUGUGUGUGGCUUUCAUAUUCUUAAAUGUAGUCAGGACAGAAUCAGAAGAUAAGUCUGACAAAUCCUUCAGCGAAUUUAAACCUAAAGAUGUGGAAACAGGAGAAUAUCCUGACUAUGACAAAUACGAGGACAUGCCUUCAGACCCGAGUGCAGAGCAGACUCUCUGGCAGAAAAUGAUGAGAGAACCGAAGACAAGAAGACCGACAAAACCGAUGACUAAGACAAGGGCAAGAAUGAUGAAAAGAAGAGCUGCAUACUUAAAAGCUCGGGCUGAGAGAGAGGCAGAGGAAGCUCGUCUUGAAGCUCUCUACGGAACAACAACCAAUGAAGUUAUCACACCAUCCUCUGAGGAAAGGAAGAAUUUCGUCACUGAACGGCCAUAUGGAGGAUGAUGUAUUUUGAUUGACAACCAUUGUAAACAAUAGGCAACCCAUCAUUUUUAUCCUCGCCCUUUUGUUUCCCAAGUAGCUUCUAAAGUGUUGAAAAGAAGAAUUUUGUCAAAAGUGGAGAAAAGUGUAACAAACAUGAAUAACUCUUGCUCUGCCUCUAUAAUAA